UUCGCAUUCAAGUUUGGCGCACUACGGCCCCUUCACCCAUCAACAUCAGUGGGAUACAUAUAGAUACAAUAUGCAAUCCCGGAUCCAGGUGGGACUCUAGGAGACAGUCUCCUCCAACGUGCAUGCGGGUCACACAGGCUCCAACACCCUGCAAUCUUGGCAGAGAACUCAUCUCGUUAUCUCUCUUCUGCUACCUCCCCUGAGACGCUUCCCUUUCCUGUCUCAAGCCCAUCCUGACAAGAUCCAAGAUGGCUGUAAGGCACGACGUUCGCAGCCACGCGCGCGAGGAUGACGUCCCCGGGACAGUCAAUCUGCAAGCGCAGGAGGGCGAGGAAACGCACUACGGCCAAGCGCUGUACCCGGUGCCGUCGCCGGACCCGAACGACCCGCUGCAGUGGCCGAGAUGGAAGAAGCACAUGAUCAUGUUCUGCUGCUGCGCCUUCUCCUUCCUGGGGAACUCGGCGCUGCUGGGCCCGGCCACGUACAUCGGCCUGUGGGCGGCCGAGUUUGGCGUCGACCAGAACACCGCCGCGGGACUCGUCAACUACCCGAACCUGGUCUUCGGCUUCGGAAGCAUCGUUCUGAUUCCGCUGUACCGCAAGAUCGGCCGCCGCCCCGUCAUGCUCCUGGCCCUGGUCCUGUACGCGGCCGGUGUCAUCGGAGCUGCCGAAGCGACCACGUACUCCGGCCUCAUGGGCGCUCGCAUCGUGCACGGAUUCGGAUCUGGUGUGUGCGAGGCGCUGCCGGUGCAGCUGGUCAACGACAUCUUCUUUCUCCACGAGCGCGGCAAGAAGCUCGGCUGGUACACCAUCGCGCUGUGUCUCGGCGCGACCGGCCCGAUGUUCUCGGGCUUCAUGCUGGCCGCGGGCCUCUCGUGGCACCUCUUCUUCUACGUCGAGUUCGCCUUUGCCGGGGCCCUCCUCAUCCUCGCUUUCUUCUUCGUCGAGGAAACCAUGUACUUCCGCGAGUCCCUCCCGCCGUCGAACAGCGGCACGGCCAUGACAUCUUCAGAUAUCCCCGAACAUGAAGAUAAAGCCGAAGAAGAAGAACCAACCACCGUCUCACACCACGAACUCUCCUCCACCACCAGCGCCAUCACCGCCAGCACCUACCCACCACGCAAGACCUUCUUCCAGCAACUGCGCCCCUUCACCCGAAGCGCAAUCGACCACAAGCCCUGGUCGGCCUACGUCCUCAUGCCGCUGCGCGCCAUCACCUACCUCCUCAUCCCCUCGACCUUCUGGGUGAUCACCACGUACGGCAUCUUCAUCGGCCUGUGCGGCUUCUCCUUCAACUUCGUCUUCCCGCUCAAGAUCGUGGCGCCGCCCUACAACUGGCCACAGACCAGCUCCGGCCUGUCGGCGCUGGCAACACUGGUCGGCUUCGCGCUCGCCGUGCCCUUCCUCCCCGCGAGCGACAUCCUGGCUGCGCGGCUGACAAAACGGAAUGGUGGGAUCCGCGAGGCCGAGAUGAGGUUGGGGGUUCUGUUCCCCGCGCUGCUGGCUGCGCCGGCCGGGCAGGUGCUUUUUGGUGUGGCCGCCGAGAGGGAUUUGCAUUGGAUAUGCUACUUUGUGGCGAUUGCGCUGACCCAGUGGGCCGGGUACUGGUAUUUCACCGUGACGCUGGCGUAUGCGGUCGACUCGCAUAAUGCGAACCUGUCGGAGCAGCUGAUUGUCAUGAACCUGGGCAAGCAGGCGAUCAGUUUUGGGUUUGGUCUGGAGGUGCUGAAUUGGAUUCUGAAGCAUGGGUAUCUGACUAUUAUUGUGGGCGCGUUUAUGCCGAUCCUGGUGGUGAAUAAUCUGAUGGUGGUGGUGUUUAUGAUUUGGGGGAAGAGGAUUAGGCUGGCGACGGCGAGGUCGUGGCUUGCGAGGUUUCAUGCGAAGACUGUUGUCGAGGGGGAGAGCCAUUGAGGUUAGGUAUGGAUUGGGAAGGACAUGGAUGUGAUGAUACUGCUGU